AACUGUGCUUCCCGGCCAGAAGCUGGCCAGGGUUGUGAGAGGAUUCUAGAAGCAGCUGAUUCUCCUGUUCCUCUGGUGCUCAGCACCACAUUCUCUGCUCUUCCCCGGCCCUUUCCAAGGGUCUGGGUUAGUGUUCACUCUUGGCAUUUCGAUGUAAGGUCAAAGAGACAGGGUCACAUCCAAAGAGAUCUUUCGUUACUAAAUUGCUCCUUUUCCCUUAAGAGAGCAAUGGAGGGUGCCUCUAGCGCGAUCCUGCUACCUAAUCCAUAAGUGCCACUGACUCCCCCGAUUCUUAGCCCCAAGGGUUCCUUCCCCCAAUUCCCUCCAGUCGCGGUUAAGGCUCUGCACCACUUACUGCCUUUUUUUUUUUUUUUUUUUAAAAAAAGCCUGGAGAGCUAAGCACCGCCUACCGUCGUGAGUGGUCUGUCACUCUGCCCCGCUGUGCGGUCGUGAUUGGCGGACGAGACGCUGUCGGCUGGCCCCGCCCCGCCCGCUUCCCUUUGCCGCGCUGGAGGCUCGGGGUUUACCCAAAGGUGGAAAGUGGGGUUCGGGAGGGCGGCGCUUGAAGCAGGUGCAGACGCAUUCCCGUUCCGGCUGUUGCUGUUCUCUCUCCAGUCGUGGGUCCGAGUCGGGAAAGGACAAGCAUUCUUCCUUUGCCGCUGGAGCUCCGGUGAACCGCUGCCCAGAACCUAGGCACUCAUCUCACCCAUUAUUCCGCUCUCACUGUGCCAGUCACCUGCACACUUGUAAUCCCGUGACUGUCCCUUCUGCUCAAUGCUCGGAGAAGGGGUCGAACGGGAAUUUCGAGCUUUGGAAAGAGAGGGUCCCCUCGGCCCGCGGGGAGCUGUCUCAGGUGCUGAAGCGUUGCCGGCGUCUGUCUCCGCCAACCCCGCGCGGAGUUAGACCGCGCACUCUCGUUCCCGGCUCUCUCCUUCCUUCCCCAUGCCUUGGAUAAGACUAAUUUCAGAACUGUGAAUACAUCUCUCCGUAUCAUGGCCUACGUGAGACACUUUCGGACAUUAGUUUCUGGAUUUUACUUCUGGGAAGCAGCGCUGUUACUCAGUUUGGUUGCAACAAAAGAAACAGAUAGUGCAAGAUCUCGAAGCGCACCGAUGUCACCUUCUGACUUUCUGGACAAGCUAAUGGGGAGGACGUCAGGGUAUGACGCACGAAUCAGACCCAAUUUUAAAGGCCCUCCAGUUAAUGUCACAUGCAACAUAUUCAUAAACAGCUUUGGUUCUAUUGCCGAGACAACCAUGGAUUACAGAGUGAAUAUCUUUCUCCGUCAGAAGUGGAACGACCCUCGUCUUGCCUACAGUGAAUACCCUGACGACUCUCUGGACCUAGACCCGUCCAUGCUGGACUCCAUUUGGAAACCUGAUUUGUUCUUUGCCAAUGAAAAGGGAGCCAACUUUCAUGAAGUGACUACGGACAACAAAUUGUUAAGAAUUUUCAAGAAUGGAAAUGUUCUUUAUUCAAUAAGAUUGACAUUAACACUCUCCUGCCCAAUGGAUCUCAAGAAUUUUCCAAUGGAUGUACAAACAUGUAUAAUGCAACUGGAAAGUUUUGGGUACACCAUGAAUGACCUCAUUUUUGAAUGGCAAGAUGAGGCACCUGUUCAAGUGGCAGAAGGACUGACUUUGCCCCAGUUUCUGUUGAAAGAAGAGAAAGAUUUACGAUACUGCACUAAACAUUACAACACAGGGAAGUUUACGUGCAUAGAAGUGCGAUUCCAUCUUGAACGACAGAUGGGGUACUACCUGAUCCAGAUGUACAUCCCCAGUCUCCUGAUCGUUAUUCUGUCCUGGGUUUCCUUCUGGAUCAAUAUGGAUGCUGCUCCGGCCAGGGUGGCACUGGGAAUAACCACUGUGCUGACCAUGACCACACAGAGUUCAGGAUCACGUGCUUCCUUACCAAAGGUUUCAUAUGUCAAAGCUAUCGACAUUUGGAUGGCUGUCUGCCUCCUUUUUGUGUUCUCAGCCCUCCUGGAAUAUGCAGCUGUAAAUUUUGUGUCAAGACAGCACAAGGAACUUCUGAGAUUCCGACGGAAGAGAAAGAACAAGGACGAUGAGGUAAGGGAAAGUCGAUUUAGCUUCACAGCCUAUGGAAUGGGACCGUGUUUACAAACAAAAGACGGAGUGACCCCAAAGGGCACAAACCAUCCCGUCCAGGUAAUGCCGAAGAGCCCCGAUGAAAUGAGGAAGGUCUUUAUCGACCGGGCCAAGAAGAUCGACACCAUCUCUCGAGCCUGCUUCCCGUUAGCCUUUUUGAUUUUUAACAUUUUCUACUGGGUUAUCUAUAAAAUUCUUAGGCAUGAGGACAUUCAUCAGCAACAAGAUUAAGUCCCUGGGAACAUGUAAGUGCACACUGUCAAUUCAAAAGGAAGGUUUCUUGGCCAUAGAGGUUUUGUGUGUGUGUGUGUGUGUGUGUGGGUGGGUGUCGGUG